UCGCAGUCAUUAUUUACCCGCGUCGUCAUGGAUACUAAACGUAUCGACCAAACAAAUCCGUAACCUUUUCAGUUCGUUUUCAGAAAGCCGUUCUGACGCAACGUCAAAUGCGUUUCUUCUUUUAAAACGUAACACAAUUUCUACAACAUUUUUUCUGUCGAUUUUUAUUUUUGACACGAUGUCUACUGGAAGCUUGUUCAACAAUGCGCCGAAACGGAAGAAGUCGCUGAAGCAGAAGAAGACGAAGGAGGCUAUUAUCAAGGCCAAGCCGCCGCUGGAGCGAAUCUUCGGGUCCAAAACGCACGUGAAAGACCAUUACUUCUCCGACGGAUCGAAAGUGAACAACACAAAUAUGCGCGAUGUUCUGCAAGAGGCGUCACCGUUUAAGUAUCCGGAUGAACUGGACGCUUUCGCGUUCAAGGUGAUGUCGAAGAAAUGGGAGACGACCGAAAGACGCAAAGAGCUGAAGCUGAAGUACAACGAUCGCAAUAAUUACAUAACCAGACAUCAAAGGGAUAUGCUGAAUAGGCUGUACGUGCCGACACAGGAUGUUAAAUCCGCGCAGACAAUCCUUGACGUGGACUCGGAAUUUUACAUGAUAAUCGAGGGUCGUCCGAUCGCCGGGAAAUUCCAGCUGCAGGAUUACAUCGAUAAUUUGAGGGACAUUAUGAGGACUAAGAUCGUCACCGGUUACAGGUCGGAUGAUUCUAUGCUAAUCGAAGAGAAUUUGAUUGAAGAGCAGAACAUGAUUGACGACAUCACCCGACAGUACAACACUUACGUAAAAACCUUCGAAGAAUUCUUAUCCAAAGACCACGCAAUAUCCAUGGAUUUGUUAAGGGCUAGCGAAAACGAAGCAAAUAAAGCUUUCGAGAAGUACGAGCAAUACAGAGAACUUGCUAAAGACUUUGGAAUGUUGAAGUCGCAAGUGAAUAAUUUAGAAGAAAAGUGGAGGUACGCCAAGAUGUAUCAAAAGUUCUUGUACUUAGUGAGCCCCAUGCAUUGGCGCAAAGAACACGACUUUUACCAUAUCAUACAGAAGGACGACAAUACUUCAGUGGAAUUGGCCGAACCUGAAGAGUUCUUCGAAUCUUCCCAAAGCGCCACCGAGGCUAAAUCUCUGGAUGACAUUAUCAAAAACUUCAUGGAGGAUCUCGAAGAGAACCGAGAACCUUUACUGUACUUCGAUAAACCUAAGGAACUCUCGAGAGUGUUUAAGUUCAUGGAAUUGCAAAACUUGAAUUCGCUGUUGCAUUCCGAAGAAUUAGCUACGCCCUUAGAAGAUCUAAAAGAGUCGAUGAAGACCACCGAAGCUACGUACGAUAUUCAGCUGCAAAACUUUCAGGAGAUCAUCGAUGAUCUCGAAGGGGAAAUCCUUUGGGAAGAGGAUAGGGCUAGAACUUUGGAGUUUUUAGCUAGGGAAUUGAUCAAUGGUGAAUUCAAGAGGUUAAUCUGCGAUGAAACGGCUUUGAAUCUGCACGUAAUCGUUGAAGAUGUUUACGAAGCUCGGGUCGCUCCAAAUGACGCUAACUUGACCGCUUACGAUAUGAUGAAGUCUGUUGAAAUGAAGUACAGAGAAUGGUUAUUGAAAUUGGACUAUUUGGCUCAUGAGAAGGUCCACAAAGCGGAGAUCGACUGCUACAACGAGCAGACAAGGAUAAUGAAGGUGGCAUUAGAAGCUUCGCGGAAGGUCAUCCAGAUCGAAAGACUGGUGAAACGAUUACGCAGAAUCUUGGAGAUUCCAAUAGAAACGCACGUCAGAGAGUUGAAGUAUAGGUCAAUGCAGCAAAGGCCGAAAGCCGCGGAGAAAGCGGUAGAGCAACCGAUCACCGAAGAAGAGAUAGAGUACUUCCACCUGUUCACCGAUUUCUGCGCCGAGGAGGAUAACAUCAAGAAGUUCCGGGACAUCCGGCGCGAAGAGCUACUACUCGAGGAGCAAGUCAAGAACGAGCAGCAGAUAGAAUCGAUGAGGAAGCAGCAAGCCGCUCUCGGCAAAGGUUCCAUAUGCGAGGAUUCCCCAAAAACGAAGAGUAUCGCCCCGCAGUAAUAGACCGGACGUCCGGAAACUAGCGUCAGGAAAGCGGAAACAAUGCUGCUUGCUGUACGUUCCUGCUGCUACCAAACUACUAGUUGAGCGGUUUGUAGUCUUUGUGAGCUUGUUUGCAUUCUUUGUGAAUGUGUGCAUUGUGUGAAGUGUGUACCCGGUCUAUUGACCUACAUUCUCGCACAAUGCUUCACCCCGUACUGCAUCUUAUCUGACUGUAGCAUCUUUUACAUAAUUAAUGAAUAAUUACCACGUUAAAUAAACGAUACAUUACGAAAAGCUGCUAUUACUAAGCAUUGUUCUAAAGCUCUGCUGCGUACACACUAUACCUGAUUUGUCUCAUAAGUGUCUGAAAUAUAUUAAAUAACUUUAGUGACUUAAUUUCAUUUAAGUUGUUAUACAUGACAAAACGAUUUGUUUCUU